CGAUCCAGCACUCCAUAGUUGGGCAAUAUAAAUUCAAAAUUUUGAUAGAGAGAGAAAACAGGCAACAAAAUUUUUAAAAAAUGUGCUCGCCAUGCUGCGUUAUUUGCUGUGGCGGUUGCCAAGACUGUUGCACAGAUUGUUGUGGCGGCACCUGUUGCGGUGGCUGUUGCACUAACCUGUGCUGCGGUGGCUGCUGUUCAACAGGAGUGCGUGCAACACAGACGCUGCAAUUUCCGUCUGAGCAUCGCUGGUUCGAGCGUUGCACAAACGCCAACUGUGUGAGCUGUCAGGAUCCAACAACAACGAACGAAUGCAGCUGCAUUUGCCGACGCAAUCGUCACAUUAUCGAGGCGUUGACUUGCCUCUUCAACACAACGAUACCACACAUGGUGAGCACACUGUUUAAGCUUGUGGUCCAACAGAACGAGCCACUGAAACGCUUUCCACGCGAUCGCAAAUGGGAUGUGAUGGAGCAUGUGAAGGCGCCCUACACCGAACUCAAUGAUCUCGAGAUCUAUGACAGCAUGUACGAUCGUUGCGGCCUGCCAAUUGAACCCUUGCACUCUGACAAUAUCUACAAAAUUGUGCGCUUAAUGUUUCUGGCCAAAGUCUUGACACUGGAGCAGCAAAAGUAUUUGCUACGCAUGCUAAAGCGUCUCAAUCAACACGCACAUUGUCCCGUCGAUUUGUAUCUGUUGCUGCAAACACUGGAGAAUGUGAAUGUCAAGGAGCUGAUGUGCAGCAUUCACAGACAGGAGGAAUUUGUCCGGAGUCUGCACACGGCACGCCAGUGCCACAAACUCUGUGAUCUCUACAAUCAGGUGGUCACCGUCGAUAAGCGGUCGGUGCAACGGCAUCGCAGGCGUUUGCGCUACGGUAACAAGAAUCAUUUGAAGGCCACCAUGAUGGAGAAGCAGCCAAGUGAUGAGUCCGCCGCAGUGCGACAAUCGCAAUUGCAGCGACAGUAUUGCGAUCGCAAGGCCGAUAUUGUUUCAACAUCUGCAUCGCCCAAUGGCACAACCACUUCAUCGGUUGGUCGCACUCGGUACGCCGGCUCACGUAAUCCCAGUCGGUCAUCCAAGUGAUUUAGACUGGAGUCCCGCCCAGCAUGAAAUACUAGCACAAUUUUGUUGAACGACUCUCUCUCUUUUAAUCAAUCUUUCUGCAGGCAAUUUUAGCAAAAAUAUAUCUUUGAAAUAUAGUUAAAAUAUUAUAUUAUUUUGACUAUUUUACAAAAUAUCUUAAGAAAAUAUUUGCUCUUUCUUCGUCAGUUUAAAAAUAUGUAUUGAUGUUUUUGAUAUACUUGAUAUUUUUCGCUCUAAAAUAACCGACUAGUACUAAGGGUGACUUACAAGAAAGGAUGGAUAAGACUGCUUAGUACAAUCUUGAAUGUGUUUGCUAAUUUAUGGAUCCACUUAACAUUCCGCACAGGCCGAAAACCCGACUAUAAAAAACACUAAACAUCUUGUCUUAAUAAAAAAACAAAUCGCUGAUUAUUGAAUAAUGAUGAAUUUGAUAUCAAAAAAAUAUAUAAAAUAAAUAUAAUACUUCCAAGAUUUGUGGAGUGCUCGAUGCUAACGUCCAUAGAAAAGCACGGGGAGUUGUUGCUGUAGCAUUUGCUGCUCCCGGAGAGCUUCAUGCGUGGGUCCAAUGACCACCGGCUCUUCGGGCAUACGACGCAGGAAGCAGCGACGUCGCGGAUAAUAAUCGACCUCGGUUCGAUCGAUGCAAUCGUAGGGACUGCGUCUCGAAAUCUGUUGCAGUUCUUCCUGUGUGGUAAGUCGGUAGUUGCCGCUUUGCGAAACGCGAGCUCCCGGCGGGAACUUCCAUUUCUUGGCCGUUGUUGUAGUGCCUGCAUAGCUAAUUCGUGCUGUUGGCGUUGCAGUGUUACGCCCCAGACGACAAUCAGCCUCAGUGCGAAUGGCAUGCAUAUCUCGCAAGUUCCGCUGCAAACGCAUGUGUUCCAUUUGAUUCAGUUUGACGGUGGGUGGACAGAGCAUACCACCGCUUCCACCUACCUCACGUACUUCCCCCCGGUUCGAUGGUACGCGUUUUCGCAUAAAACGUAUUGAACUCCAGUUCGGAGACCAACGAAACCGGUGGUGGUAACAAGCGCACGUUUUGCUGCGGCUUGCGAUGACGUCGAUAGUCUGCGGGGUUCGAAAGCAGUUGCGAGUUCGUCGGCAGAUUGCUAUCAUCGAAAGGAAUAGCAUCAGCAUUAACAUCAACGGACCGCAGUGGCAAACGUUUACCACGUUUUGCAACUUUCGGCGUGUAAAGUUCUGUUUCACGACGUGUGGUCA